CUCGCGAUCUCGCGAGAUUCUGCGCGUUCCCGACCAGCGCAGACGGUCGAAUAUGGCAUCGAAUUGUAAAUACUUCGACGAGGACUCCGUCUACCGCAUCACUCGCAAGGGACGUAUCGAGUUCGGGCUGGUGCUAGAGAACGCCGAGUACGUGACCAGUGAGGACGAGGAAGAAGUCGCGGCCAACAUACCCCAAUGGGACCGCAUGAAAAGGGGCCACGUACGGGUCGCAUGGCACCCCAAGGGUCGCGAAGAAGUGGUCUCCGAAAAGAAGGUGAAACUCCACGAUCGCUCUCUCAUGCCGGGCGACGUCGUGAGGAAAGUGGUCAAGGGUAAAGACACGCAAUUGGGUUACUGCCGCAACACCGAGGUCUUAGCCACCAUCCAAGUCCUGGGAACCAACUGCGUGAUUAACAACGUCAACAGCGUCGAUCUAGUUCCUCUCGAGAGGUUUAGCCAAGAUGUUGCCAUAUACCUCGACUCCUGGGUUGGUAUGGUACAGAGCUUCAAGACGGAGCUGACCGUCCGCUUUCCCGAUGGGUCAACAUGCAUACUUCAAGAGGACGAUGCACUUGACCUUGAAGACAUUCUAGACCGGAGGCUGCCGUCAUCCGAAUUCAAGGAGGAAGGCUUCUACAAAGGCCAGAGGCUGUGCGGUCCCACACGGUGCUUCGAAGGAGCCCGCUGGCUCAACUGCACCAAGGAAACCAGCGCCCUGCUGAGUCGUCCGCACAAGCACGUCCAAGUCACCGUAGAGGACGUGAAGGUGGUGUACCUGUUUGUGCAAGGUGUGUGCAAGGCUUACCAGGACACAUCCAAUGGGAACAAUCAGACUGAUGAGCUCAUCAAGUAUGUCAUCGAGGGAGAGGCACUAGACAGGGUGAAGAUGAUCAACAUAUUCGAGCGAUGUGCCUUGCAGAUAGGGGACCGGAAUUACUACACGCUCAAGGCCACCGACAACAUCAUCACACUGGACGAGUGGAAACGGCACUGUGCUUCCAAGUACUCACCGCCAAUGCACAACGUUGAAUGCCCACAGGCACCUGAGAACGAGGGGGUCCGGCAGCAGCCGGCCGCCGCCGUGGCCAGCCACGGCGACACCCUGGACUCCGAGAACAACCGGGACUACAAACCGUGCCAGGACGGCAGCGACUCGGACUACGAGGACGUCGAGGAGGACGAGGCGAGUGGGUCCGACUCGGUCUCGGUGACGAGUGCCUCGACGGCGUCCUCCGUGGACCACCACCACAGGCGGACUCCCGCAUUCCGGCGAGGCAAGCAUGGCCCGUCGCUGGCCACCAAGUUGCUGAAGAAGCGGAAACUGCGCCGGACGCGCAAACGUCAGCCAGUCGAGCCGCCCUCCAUGAAGCCCGGUGACGUGCUGGUCACCGAGACCCUGGCCACUUACACCACUGCCCAGGUCGUCUGGCAGGACGGUAGUGUGGAAAGUGGCAUUCCAUCUGCAGACCUCUACCCCAUCCACCACUUAGAUGGCCACGAAUUCUUUCCCGGGGAUUUUGUCGUGGAAAACACAGUCGCUCUGGCCGACUCGGCCAUUCUCUCUCGUUUUGCAGACACCCCUCCGGCUCACGAGUAUGCCGUAGUCAAAAAGGUAGACCACUCCGGAAGGACAGCGGUGGUGACAAAGUUCAAGACCUACAUGGCUGGUGCAGACCCCCACCCUGAAGAACUUGGUAUCGAAGAGGUGAGUGUCUAUGACAUCAAGGAUCACCCAGACUUCAAGUACAGGCCAGCCUCCUGCGUCAUCAGGGUUGCCAACUUCGAGGACAAGGAGUCCGAAUCGACGGCGGGCCAGGUGGUGGACGUUCACCCGGCGGGCAAGGUGGAGGUUCAGUGGGUGAGCGGCAAGACGUCGCUGUGCUACCCCCAGGAACUGUACCGUAUCGGCGAGUACGACUCGGACGACCUCUGGGACGACGGGGACGAGGAGGUCGACGACGAGUCCUGCUCGGGGGACGACAGUUGGGAGACCGAGUCGGAAAAGUCACUUGCCGGAGACCCGAUGUCCCCAGACAAUGCAAAUGCCCCGUCUGAGCUCAUCGAACCGCCGCCCAUUGAUGGUGACGGGGCUAAGGGUGAGGCUCCCCCUGCUGUGGCCACAGCCGCGGCCGCAGCUGAAGCUCCGCUUGACCCUUCGGACCCGCAGAGCCUGCGUGCCAAGAUGCAGGGGCAGAUUGAGCUCCUGCGGCUCAGCAUGGCUCGGCUAGAAGAGACGUUCACGCAGAACCCUGGGCAGCAGUCGUGCUCGGUCAUCCGUAGGCUCCUCGAGCUGUACAGGCACUGCAAGCACUUUGACCAGCUGCUGGGGACCAACUACUUCCAACAGCGGCACCUGCACGUGCUGGUGGAACGCAUCCGGCAGCGGGGCCGCAUCAACAGCCCCCAGCACGUGUCUGAGCAGAUCACGCGCCUCUUCUCGGCCUCCCUGGAUGCCGCCUUGCACGACGAGCUGGGCACACCCGACAUCCCGGAGGAGAAUGUCAUCAACGAGCAGUUGCAAGCAUCGGAAGGUGCGCAGUCGCCAACGCAGCCGACCAAGGAAGAGACUGCGGCCCAGCCGCAGCAUCCGACGACCCCGCAGCCGCGGAAGCCCACGAGCGUCAGCUGCCGGCUGGAAGGCGGCGGGGUCAACUCGCUGGAGCCGCGGAACAUCUGCCAGCAGCUGUGCGCCAUCCUCAAGGCCAGGCUGCUGAGAGCUCACGAGGACGUGCAGGUUCGAUUUGGCAUGACGCCAGCGCAAGUUGAGAUUGCAGCCAGCGACGCUGCCUCCGAGCCAGACGUGGAUGUCGAGAAAGUGAACGAAGCUCUGGAAGCCGUAGCCAGUGUCGAAGCCGCAGCGAAGGAAUCCGAGGAAAGCCUCUCGGGAGUUGUUAGUGAAGCCGCUGGCGAGCAGGAUAGCAAGGGACAAGGAGUGUUCUCGAUGAUGGACAUGGUGCCAGACUGCCACAAGUACAAGCUGUCGAUACUGCAGCCAAACGAUCCUAAACUUUUCUUCAAGGUUGUCAAAAAAGAGAUCAAGCUUCUCACGUCCUCCCUACCUGAUGGCAUUCACGUAAAGGCCUUCGAUGACCGUAUGGACCUGUACUCGGUGCUGAUCAAGGGUCCUCGCCGGACGCCCUAUGAGGACGGCCUGUUCCUCUUCGACUUCCAGCUGCCGGCCGAGUACCCGCAGUCGCCACCACAGUGCCAUUACGUGUCGUACUGCAGUGACCGGCUCAACCCAAACCUCUACGAGGGCGGCAAAGUCUGCGUCAGUCUUCUGGGCACGUGGAGUGGCAAGGGCUCAGAAAUGUGGUCGGCAGAAACCUCAAGCCUCCUGCAGGUGCUCAUCUCCAUACAGGGUCUGAUCCUGGUCUCGGAGCCUUACUACAACGAGGCUGGCUACGAGCAACAGAGGGGGUGCCAGCAGGCAUCCGAGAACAGCCGCAUGUACAAUGAGAUGGUCGUGCUCAAGCUUGUGCAGUCUAUGGGGCGGAUGAUCCAAAACCCCCCCGAGGUCUUCAAGGAAGAAAUUGAACAGCAUUUCCGGGACAACGCAGAUAGGUUUGUCAAUCGGCUGGAGAGUUGGCUCAGGCUGUCUGAUGCAUGGCACACGAGCUGUCCAGGUUCCCUGGCCACUCCCGAAACACUAAAGGCUUUUGCCGAACAAGGUGACUAUGGCGUAGCUGGCAGCAGUGCAUUCCCAGACUUCCCGCUGCUGCCGGCUUCCAGGGGCUUCUGCCUGACCCUGCGCAAGGCGCUGACCACUUUCAAGGAGAUCCUCAGGGCCCACGGCCUGGGCUGCCAAGCCGAGAGCAGCGGCAGCGGCCAGGGCCAGUAGCCAAGCCUAGCCCCAUUGCCUCCUCUUCCUCUUUUUAAUUUUUUCUUCUCCAAGGGGCUAGCUUGUGUAAAUUGUAAAUUUGAAAUUGUUGAAAAGUUUUUUGCAAGACUGUGAGAAACAACCGCUGAACAACGUAUGAACAUGGCACCGCCGCCACCCCGUGACGGACAGGACUUUCCUCUUCUUCCUCUUUUUAAAAUUUCCUAGCACCUCUUCUUUCAUUUUUUUUUUUUUUUUAGGAAGGACUAGUUCUCACUCUCACUCUCUGCAAGCAAGCGAGCUACAAUGUGCAUUUUCGCCCGUAGUAAUGCUUGUUUCCUCCACGCCAACGCGCCACCGCUUCUCUUUUUCACGCGGCAUGCGUCAGUCGUGCCUCGCAGCAUUUUUCUAGCACAAACAGCCUUCAGUCGCUCCCGAACACGCAACUGUCCCCGGUAGUGAACAAACUUUCUAGUAGAACACCCCAUCCCCGAUCGCUCCUUCGACAGCGUGCCGUCGCACGACUACGAACCUUCCUCCUCACUCAACAGCUUCUAAGCCAGGUCUGAAGCCUAAUGCCUGGCUCGCUCGCAAGUUGGAAGUGCAGCUAGUCUUGGUAGGCCAUGCUAGACAUUUUUUUUCCCCAUAGGCGACAGGUUAGCACAGAGACACUGGCACCUUUGCCCCCCUCCCCCACCCCCGCCUCCUCUGUCCUUUGUUACUUUCUUAUCCUGUUUCUCGGAAAGAACUGCCGAAGCACAGACCCGAGUGAUCGCCCGCCUCAAACACUUCAGCUUUUAUGCCCGGCUCGGUGAAAUACCUGCGUAACCGCAGCAGUCUUUCUUUCUUUUCAUUUUUCCUCUGAGGUGUGCAGGGGGUGGGCAUGCAAGUGUCUCGAGAAACUGCUAACCGUCAGCCGAUCGCAGAACUGCUAGAUUGUGCUAGCUCGAGAAUGUGCCGCCGAUUUGCGAAAACACUCGAAGGGGGCAUGCCUUUUACGAGGCAGGCAGCAUCUCUGCGCGUCGUCGUCGAGAGUGCGUCGCCAACGACAAAGAAGAAGCUGUGUGCGUCGUCGUGUGUGGUGACAUCUGCGGUUAAAGAACAGAACAGCCAAUUGUGGAACUGUUGAAGCAAGUUUGAAGCGAGAACUUUGUGAGUUGAGAGUGGGGAGUCCCGGUGGAACGGAGUGUUUGGAAGGGAGCAACCAAGCGGCGGCGGCAACAGCAGCGGCGGCCACCUGUGCAAUAGUAGCACUUGCCAGAGCUGCAAAAGGCUUGUCCAUUUGUGUUGGUUAAGUUAUGAAACAUAGAAAUAUUAAAAUUCCUCAAUUGAUACAUGAA